GAGCUUGAACUGGUUCCCGUCCUGAUCAGCUUACUGAAGGAGAAUGCCGAGGGUUUAGAUGAUCUUCAGUUUAAUCUGGGAAAAAUUCAGAUAUUGACUAAUAUUGUUGGAGCAAUUGCUGAGAGUGCGAAAACUCCUCAGAACCGUGAAAAUAUCCGAGAGAGGGGUGGACUUAAACCUGUCAUCAAACUCAUAGCUUCCACUUCUCCAGGGUUACUGGUGAAUGUAGCAUCUGCUAUAGGAAGGAUGGCUGAGGACGUGGAAACUAUUGAACAGACGAUACAAUAUCCUAACCCCCAACCUAGUGGGUUGGACCAGAUCCGGAAUUUGGAUGGUGUUCGACUACUCUGGUCUUUACUCAAGAACCCCAAUGAAUCUGUUCAGGCCGCUGCAGCCUGGGCUCUGUCUCCUUGUAUUAGGAAUGCAGAGAACUCCGGAGAUAUGGUUCGGAGUUUCGUCGGAGGAUUGGAGUUGGUCUGUGGGCUUCUGGAAUCCAAGGAUCAAGAGGUGUUAGCGGCGGUAAGCUUCGCGAUUGCUAAUAUUGGGAAGGAUAAAGAAAAUCUUGCUGUUAUAACAGACCACGGAGUUAUUCAUAAGUUGGCAAGGUUAGCUGUGACACAAGAUGACCGUCUGCGAGCUAAACUGGCAGAGGCCAUCAGUCAUUGUUGUGAGCUGGAGUCAAACCGAGCUCUAUUUGGUAAAGCAGGAGCAGUAGCUCCGCUGGUCAACUAUCUUACCUCAUCUGACCUAGAGGUUCAUAGAACUACAGCAGCUGCUCUACAUCAACUAUCCAAGGAUCCCUGGAACUGUGUUACCAUGCAUCAGUCUGGAGUUGUUCCUCAUCUUCUCCGUCUUAUUGGUUCAGAGGAUGAAGCAGUUCAGGAGGCAGCAGCUGAUUGUCUACAGAAUAUCAGAAAGCUAGCUCUAGCUUGUGAAAAGUUUAGAUAUCAACAUCUUAAAACUUAAACUUUUUUCUAAGUUAAAGGGACUGUAAAGGAAAAAUUAAAGGGGUAUAGGCUGAAAGCUAAU